UUCUACCAGUUAGAUCAGCGUUCAAGGGACAUUGAGAGAGAUCCUCGUCAUGAGUAAUGUGAUUGUUGUAGAAAUGCUGGUAGAAGCCCGCGGAAGAAUUGGGGCACUCCACGCCCUAGGAGAAGCAGUAUCGACUCUGGAUCUUGUGGUUGCACUCUCGCAUGCUGCAUCUGUAGGCUCGUGGGUGCGGCCAGAGUUUUCGCCAACACUGGCCAUACAGGGAGGUCGACAUCCAAUUCUGGAUGUUCUUACUUCUGUUGAGCCUGUGGCAAAUAAUACUUAUCUGAGCUCUGAAAGUUGUGUCAUGGUACUCACUGGACCCAACAUGAGUGGAAAGAGCACAUACUUGCGACAGAUUGCUUUAAUUCAGAUCCUGGCCCAGCUCGGAAGUUUUGUACCAGCAGACUUUGCUUCACUCAAGCUCAUUCGCCAACUUUUCACGCACUUGGGAUCUGAAGAUUCUCUGGAAAAUAAUGCUUCUACUUUCCAAGUUCAGAUGAGCGAUGUUGCCUACAUUCUUGGUGGGGCAAAUAACGACUCCUUAGUCCUGCUGGACGAACUAGGGUCCGGGACAUCCAUAGAGGAGGGCGGAAGUCUAGCCUGGGCUGUGAUGGAGAUGCUCAUAGUGGCGAAAGUACCGACGGUGUUGGCAACGCACACACUCUUCCUGACGAAGCGUUGUGCAGAUUUGGUAUUCCGAGGCGUCCACUUAAUUAUGAAUUUGAUUAACUGUACCAACAAAAGCUCCAUUAUUUCCUCCAGCUAUCACUUGGAGCACGAAGAAGCCACUGACGGACGCUUGAAGCUCACUCAUGUUGUGCGUCCUGGUGUAACACAAGCAACUCAUUAUGGCAUUGCUCUGGCAAAAGUCACGGCUAUUCCUCGAAACAUCGUGAGCAGAGCAGAGGAACUUGCCAUGACUAUGGAACCAGCCUCUCAGAUAACAAGUGAAUCGGACAACCGGACCUCAAGGUAUCGAGCAGUAUACCACCUGGCACACCAAGCUUUUGAAGCUCUCGGAAGCCACAACAUCCAUCUCUCUUCGCCUUUGCAUGUCUCUAAAGAAGAGGAAAGCGGCUCUUCUCAUGCUCCGAGUGAUGCUUUGCUCAAUUCCGCCAGCGUUAACCACUCUAGCAUCGCUAAUCAUGCUAAAGAUGACAGUGGGGGUGAAAUCCCUUGA